AUUCAGUGCCAAAGGUUUGCACCAGUUAAGCUAUUUAAAUGAGCUCCCUGCUUGAGUAUCAAUUCACAACCACGGCUUAAGUCUAGCCGGUGAGACUGAAAGAAGCUGUCAUCCAAUAGCGUGGGCUCCAUUGUAUCUGUGAAAGGCCUAAGUAGCGCUCUGGGUAUUGUUUUCUUUAAAGGGGAGUCAGGUUACCUUGACAACCACAGGAUGCCUACCCAUAGGCCCUGCGACAGAGAAAAGGCUGGGCCAGAGAAGGAGGGAAAGAGAGCGAAAAGAGAUAAAAAAGGAGGCAAGAUACUUCCCAGCCCCAACUUUAUUUCCUUUUUCAAGUUUUUGUGUUUUGGAAACUGGUCUGAUGGUUGCCAGUGGGUUGGGACGACGACCCAAGGAGUGAGAUCCUGCACCCUGUAAACAGAGGGCCAUGCGUGUUCCACUGCGGCCUCGAAGUGGUUGCCUGGUGCUCUGUCUGUGCCUGUCUGUGGUCACCCUUCUACUGCAGAGCCUCUGGGUGCCACUUGAGAUGACAAGGGACGAACCUGCCGGGAGAUCACCUGAGGAGCAAGGUCAGCGUGGUCUUGGCUUUCGAAGAUUGGCUCUUCGCUUGGAGGCUCUGAGUACUCAGGUGCAGAGGCUGAGCAAAGAGAGAGAUUUCACCCAGCUGACCAGAAAUGAUCUCAGCUUGAUACUGCAGAGCUUUAGACAGGACCAGCAAGGCCUGGCCCACCUGGUAGAAAGAGAGCUGAAGAGAGUGUCCCAGAGGCUUGAUCAGCUCAGCCGUCAUCACCACCAUCACCAUCAGCCUCAAACACCAACACCACAUGACGACCAGAGACCACACACAGGGCCCAGUGAGAAGUGUGAGGUGCCAAUGGAUCCUGCAUAUCCUGUGUGUGCACAGAAGGUGGAGUUCCUUCAGGCUCGUUGGCAGUCAGAUCCAUGCUAUGCUUUUUAUGGGGUGGAUGGCACCAUUUGCUCCAUCUUGACUUACCUCAGCCAAGUAGAAGACUUCUGCCCCCCUCGUCUUGGAAGGAACCACACUGCUCUGCCAUGGCAUCAGAAACCUCCCUCUUAUACACAAAAGGCUGAGAUACGUACAACUCUGAGGCCACUCUAUGAGGCGAUCAGCAACAACAGCGGGUCGGCAAUGAAGUUCAUCCGGUCCAGAGUGGAAAGAAUGUCUGAACGGUGGACACAGGCUGGUGUGAGAAUGAAGCAGAGCAGCAACAGAACCAUCUCAGCCCAGCUUAGGGUGCUGCUUUACCCCGGGGCUCUAGCUGGUAGUGUUGGCCAACGUUUUGAAGCCAUGGUGGAGAGAGGAGGUCCUCUGGGAGAGCUGGUCCAGUGGGCCGACCUUAGUGCCUGUUUGACAAUCCUGGGCCACAACGUGACCUUCAGCACCUCACAGCGCCAACUCUACAGCCUGAUAGGUGCUGCCCCAGGUCGAGGCAGUUGUCCAAUCCAAAGGCCCAUCACCUUUGACCUCGUCUACACCGACUACCAUGGCCUUGCUCACCUCCAGGGAGCCAUGGGACUCGCUUUCCAGCAUUACCAGUGCCGCUUCAGAAUCUUGGACUCGUUUGGCACCGAACCAGUCUUCAACUUGGCGAGUUAUGCCCGUAGCCACGGAUAUAAAACACUGUGGGGCAGCUGGGGUCUCCAACCUCUGCAGUACAUGACCAUGUUCCCUCAUACUCCUGAUAAUUCCUUCCUGGGCUUUGUGAGUGAAGAGGCAGUGAGAAAGGAGGUGAGGGAGGAUGAGCUUGAGCCAGAGAGCGACAGGAAAGAAAGGAUAGCAGUCGUGUAUGGAAAACAGGACUACAUGUGGCAGGGUAAAUCUGAAUAUGUGAAGGUGAUCAGCGAGGAACUGGAGACUCAUGCCACAGUCUACCAGCCACCAGGACACGCCUCAAAUCUGCCCAGUUUCAUCAGAAACCACGGACUGCUGACUCAGGAACACUUCCUACGACUUCUCCGCAGGGCUAAGCUGUUUGUGGGUCUUGGGUUUCCCUAUGAGGGUCCAGCUCCUAUUGAAGCAAUAGCUCUAGGGUGCAUCUUCCUUCAGCCACGAUUUGACCCUCCACACUCAUCAGAGAACAAUGACUUCUACAAAGGGAAGCCCACGACGAGACAGAUCUCCUCACAGCACCCUUAUGCUGAAGAGUUCAUUGGUAAACCGUAUGUGUGGACAGUAGAUGUGACCAACAGCACCGAUAUACGGGAGGCAGUCAGAGCUAUUCUAAGCACCGAGGUGAAGUCUUUCACUCCUCAAGAGUUCACUUGUAUGGGAAUGUUGGAGCGGGUUCAUGGUUACAUCACUCACCAGAACUUCUGCAGUAAAUCUGCCCCGACUUGGCCGCCGGAAAGUGCUCUCAGGGUGCACCUGGGUCCACUGGGUCAGUCCUGUGUGAGUGUGUGUCGACGCUCCUCCCUGUUGUGUGAACCCGCUCUGUUUCACCACCUCAACACUCUAGCUGCGUUUACCAGUCUGGGACUUGGAUGCUCCAGCACGGUGCAGGAGGUCAACCACCUGUUUCCUUCCUACAGCCCCUGGGGUCGUCACUGUGGCCUUCAACAGGAGCCUCUGCUGUUCAGUUGUGCUGGUUCUGACCCUUUACACCGUAGACUGUGUCCCUGCAGAGCACACCUACCUGGACAGGUGGCACUCUGCCCUGACUGCCUCUAAGCAACAUCACGUAAGAACUCAGGGAGAAAAUAGGUAAAGACGGCACCAAAGAGCACCAUCUGCAGUGCAUACUGUACAGGUAAAGAUUCUCAGCCAAAGGGAGCCAGCUGUCCUGCCAAAGCUAAUGAAAGCUUGUUUGUGGAUGUCAUAAAGUUGAAGAUACUUUAAUUAUAUUCACAUGCAGAAAUUUAAAUCCUUUCACUCAGCACCCGCAACAAUUAUUUUUACUUUUUGCAUUGCUAGAGUUGUCCUAUGCAAUUGUUUGGACAAUAGUUUGUUUGUUUUUUGUUUUUUUUAAAAAUGACGUUCAUUACUCAGGAAGCAAAUAUGAUUGAUUUUCAUUUCAGAAGUAUUUGAAAUGUUGAAGGUUGAUGAAUUCAAGGCCAGGCCAAAUGAAAUCCCUCUUGUUGCCUGCAGCUUUUUCUUGAUCCCUUAAGCAAAUAGUCAUUAACAAUAGCUAUGAUGCACUUUAGGGAAAAUUCCUUUAGAUGUAUUUAAAUUAGUUGGGAAUUGGCAACAGUGAGUUUGAAGCGGUUCAGUUCACAGUGUUUAGCUUCUCUUCUCCUUCUCCAGAUCACACACAGCACAGUGAACUUCAGCAUUAUGCUAAAUAAUUAGCUAAUUAUUCAUUGCAUUACAGUAAUAUAUCACACUGGUCAGUGUUGCAUGGGAUUGCAACUCAUGUAGUUCCUUAAUGCUUUGCUGGCUGCAAAUAUUAGCCCGGGCCUCAAAGGAGAGUGGGUGACAGCCUAAGUGAUGAGGCUCAUUAUCUGAGUGAAUCAUGGAUAACCUUUGAAUCCCAUUGGGAGGUCACAGCCAUAUGACCAUGAUUAUACUGUCAUAUAAACCAUUGGUUCCCAACCGUCUUUGACUUUGGAAACCCCCGCCGCUCUGUUAAAAUCCAUGCCCCCCACCAGUAUACGCAGAACCUCAUUGUUUGUCUUUCAAACACAUAUUUUGCGUCAUUUAGAGCGGGGAAAAAAGGCACAGAAGACGGGAUUAAUUGUGUUUUCUUGAGAUAUUUUACUAGAAAUAACACCUUAAAAUGGUUUUGAUCAUAACAAAUGACUCAUUUUGCCCAGAGUUCCUGUGUUUUGCUCCAGUAUUACAGUAUUCUCUGAUUGCCUCAUGUACUACAGAUUGUGCAGAGCCCCCCUACCCCCCUCAAGGGUAUUUUGCAACUCAGGUUGAUAUGAGCAAAAGUGGAAACUUUACAUACGGUAUACAUAGUGAUUUGGAGAGGUUUUACAUUUCCACUUUGGAAACCUCAAAGAAUCACACAGGCUUAUCUCGUCAUCCCCCUCCUGCACAACAACAUGUGAAAGAAAUGAUAACAACUAAAGGCCAAACUACAGUCCACAGUCGGUGGUGUCAGUGAUGGGGUGCUGCACUUACGUGGCACAGCUGUUAGCGAAGAUAGCUCCAACAACGGCAACAAGCUGCUACUCUGAAUUUGAUUGAUGUGACCGUUUUUCUUGGAAGCGAUACACCGGUAAAUGUUCACUGGCAGAAAAAGAGACCGUUUCUGCCUCAAUACACUCCAUGCGACCAGAACAUGUUGUCACUCAGGGAACAGACCGCUCAGGGCUGCGACAACAAGACCGGCUGACAAUGUGAUUGACUAGUAAAUGGCUGUGAAAUGGUCCAUGAAAACAACAUUUGUGAUGACUUUGGUGGAUUUUGGUGAAUUCAUUUGGCUCCGUCGAAUGGGACUUUUGCUUGAUUGGCAACUGAAUGGUCCAAAGAUGAUGGAAAUGAACUUGUGUUGAUGUCAAAGAAGCUUUUCGGAACGAAAGAAAAUAAAGGCUGCUUUUGACACAAAG